AUGUUUAGUAGAUCUACGCUCUGCUUGAAGAAGUCUGCCGCCUCCGUCGGCAGACUGCAAUUGAGAUAUUUCUCGCACCUCCCCAUGACGGUCCCUAUCAAGCUUCCCAAUGGGUUGGAGUACGAACAGCCAACGGGGCUGUUCAUUAACAACAAGUUCGUGCCCUCCAAGCAGAACAAGACUUUUGAAGUCAUCAACCCCUCCACGGAGGAGGAAAUAUGCCACAUUUACGAAGGUAGGGAGGACGAUGUGGAGGAGGCCGUGCAGGCCGCCGACCGCGCGUUCUCGAACGGGUCCUGGUCUGGCAUCGACCCCAUCAACAGAGGUAAAGCCUUGUACAGGCUGGCCGAGUUGAUCGAGCAGGACAAGGACGUCAUUGCGUCCAUUGAAACCUUGGACAACGGUAAGGCCAUUUCAUCUUCCAAGGGCGAUGUCGAAUUGGUCAUUAACUACCUGAAAUCGUCUGCAGGUUUUGCCGACAAAAUCGACGGUAGACUGGUCGAUACCGGUAGGACUCAUUUCUCGUACACCAAGAGACAGCCCUUGGGUGUCUGUGGCCAGAUCAUUCCUUGGAACUUCCCAUUGUUGAUGUGGGCCUGGAAAAUUGCACCUGCAUUGGUCACUGGUAACACGGUUGUGUUGAAGACUGCCGAAUCCACUCCUUUGUCCGCACUGUACGUCUCUAAAUACAUCCCUCAAGCCGGUAUCCCACCUGGUGUGAUCAACAUUGUAUCUGGGUUUGGUAAGAUUGUGGGUGAAGCCAUUACCAACCACCCAAAGAUUAAGAAGGUUGCCUUCACAGGGUCCACGGCUACGGGUAGACACAUUUAUCAACAAGCCGCCGCCGGCCUAAAAAAAGUUACAUUGGAACUGGGCGGUAAGUCACCAAACAUUGUUUUCGCCGACGCCGACUUGAAAAAAGCCGUGCAAAACAUCAUUCUUGGUAUCUACUACAACUCCGGUGAAGUUUGCUGCGCAGGUUCAAGAGUGUACGUGGAAGAAUCCAUUUAUGACAAGUUUAUCGAUGAGUUGAAGACCGCCUCCGAAUCUAUUAAGGUGGGUGACCCAUUCGAUGAAGCCACAUUCCAAGGUGCUCAAACCUCUCAAAUGCAGCUAAACAAAAUCUUGAAAUACGUUGAGAUUGGUAAGAAUGAGGGUGCAACCCUGAUUACCGGUGGUGAAAGACUGGGCAGUAAGGGUUACUUCGUCAAGCCAACUGUCUUUGGUGAUGUUAAGGAGAGCAUGAGAAUCGUCAAGGAAGAAAUCUUUGGCCCUGUUGUCACCGUCACCAAAUUCAAGUCCACUGACGAAGUCAUUAACAUGGCAAACGACUCAGAAUAUGGGUUGGCCGCAGGUAUUCACACCUCUAACAUUAAUACCGCUUUGAAAGUGGCCGAUAGAGUUAAUGCAGGUACCGUAUGGAUAAACACCUAUAACGAUUUCCACCACGCAGUUCCUUUCGGUGGGUUCAACGCAUCUGGUUUGGGUAGAGAAAUGUCUGUCGAUGCUUUACAGAACUACUUACAAGUUAAGGCCGUUCGUGCAAAGUUGGAAGACUAA